CUUUAGUUAAAAGUAAUGUUAAAAUCACUCGAUAUAAGAUUGGAUGUUUGUAUGAAUCUAGUUUAUGCUUCCAUCCCUGGAAUGCCAGAACUAGGGAUGGUAUGGAUGGGAGAUAUGAUGGUACAUGGAGAACCUACACACGAGCUUAUGUUAGACCCUCGUCAAAGUGAAAGUCCAUUCUUUUCUCAUGGCUCUCAUGCAUAUGAGGAUCUUAGAAAUCAUCAAAUUGCUCCUACAGCAAUGGUACGAUACUUAGCACCACAAUAUUCUAACGAAUGUUCAGAACCUGAUGAAACCAUGGAAACUAUGGAUACGCAAGAGAUGCAACAAGAAUAUGACUCACAAUCAGAAAGACAAGAAAUGAGUGAAUAUUUAACGCUAGAAGAUUAUAUGGCUGACGAGGAUAGAGAACAGGUAGUAAGUAACGUAGCAACUCAAACUACUCAUGACGGUUCACCGUUGCUACGAAAUCGGAAAAUAAAGCCUAUAAAACAUCCUGGCCUUAUUUUAAAAACACCGAUCGCUUAUCAACCACAUACUGAUUUAAACUUCAUUCCUAUUCGUAAAGAUGGCAUAGCUGUAUGCGAAAAAUGUGGUGCUAUAGGAGUAAAACAUGCAUUCUAUACAAAAGAACGAAGAUUUUGUAGUAGAGCAUGUGCACGUUCUUCAGAACAUACUGCUUCCACUGCUGAUUCAACUUAUAGCCCAUCAUAUCCAGUAGAACCAACAACAGCUAUGAAUGCUAAGUCUCCUACUAAUACAAAAUCUGCAAAAGAUAUAAUAAAAAAAGAAAUAGAAUUGAGCGAACCUAUCAAAGAAGAAGAAGAGAAAGUUAUAGCAGAACCUGUAAUGCCAGAAGAUUUACCAGUACGAAGAAAAAGAACUGCAGAAAUGGCUGGUUCUUAUGACUGGACACCACAUUUGGUUGAACCUGGAUUUUGUGCUGCACCAGUAUCUUGUUUUAAACAUGCACCUAUAUCCGAAAUAUGGGAUAACAUAACAGUGGGUAUGAAAGUUGAAGUUGAAAAUACUGACUGUGACGAAGUAUGUGAAGCUUUUCCAGACUCUUUUUGGGUUGCAACUGUAUUACGUAUAUCUGGAUAUAGAGCUUUGCUAAGGUAUGAAGGAUUUGGCCAUAAUGCGGAUAAAGAUUUUUGGGUAUCACUUUGUUCUAACGACAUUCACCCUGUUGGUUGGUGUGCUACAAUCGGAAAACCACUUAUACCACCAAACACAAUUGCUAACAAGUACAAAGACUGGAAGGACUUUUUAAGGAGACGAUUAACCGGUGCAAGGACAUUAACAACUAAUUUCUACAAUAAAGUUAAUGACAGUAUGAAAUCUCGCUUCAGAUGCGGGCUUCAUUUAGAAGUCGUAGAUAAAAACAGAAUUUCUCAAGUUAAAGUAGCUACAAUACAGAAGAUUGUUGGUAAGCGAUUGCACGUGAGAUAUUACGAUUCACCACCCGAAGAUAAUGGUUUCUGGUGUCAUGAAGACUCUCCUCUUAUACAUCCUGUUGGUUGGGCAAAGAGAGUAGGGCAAUCGUUGGAUGCAUAUCCCGAAUAUCUAGAACGUGUUUCAAAAGUAAAAUUGUGCGAAGAUGAUGCUACAGAUGGUCUUUUUCAUGUGCCAAAGAAUCAUCAUCUCCACCUUGGAUAUACCUUUAGAGAAGGAAUGAAAAUAGAAGCUAUUGAUCCACUUAAUCUUUCUGCUAUCUGUGCGGCCACAGUUAUGCAAGUUCUAAAAGAAGAUUAUAUUAUGAUUCGUAUCGAUAGCUAUGACGAAGAUGCAAGUGGUGCUGAUUGGUUUUGCUAUCAUUCAUGUUCUCCCUGUAUCUUUCCAAUUGGGUUUUGUUCUCAGCAUGGCCUACCACUUACACCACCAAAAGGUUAUGAUUCAACCACGUUUACAUGGGAUGCAUAUUUGAUAGAAACAAACACGAUACCAGCACCUGUACAGUUAUUUAACAGGGAAAUACCGCAACAUGGAUUCAUCGAAGGUAUGAGGCUUGAAGCUGCUGAUUUGAUGGACCCUAGAUUAGUAUGUGUUGCUACCAUUACCAGAGUGAUCGGUCGGUUGUUAAGGGUACAUUUUGAUGGUUGGGAGGAUGAAUAUGAUCAAUGGUUAGAUUGUCAAAGUCCAGAUAUUUAUCCAGUUGGUUGGUGUGAUCUUGUGGAUCAUAAAUUAGAGGGGCCCCGUGUACUCACUAAACACACUAGUCCUACUGUAAAAUCACCAAGAGGCCUUAAACGUAAAGCUAAGAGAAAACUAAAAAGAGGAAGCAAGGUAUCUUGCGCAAAAAAUAUACUACCUCGUCACAGCGAACGCAUUAGUAUGGCACGUGAACGUGAACGAGAAUUAGAACCAGCACAAGGCACAAAAAUUGAACGAGAACGUGAUCUUGAGAGUUUACCGGAACAAGGAAGUAGAGAGCCGGAACCGGCAGAAGAACCCGCUGGUCCUGAUCAAACUUUACCUAGUCCAACAAGUGGACAAGGUCAAGCAUUGAGCGAUACACAAAGUGAUGUGCAAAGUCCUCCACCACCCAAAGAGAGAACUGCAACAUCAUAUAUUAAUGUAACUUCAGCAAAUACAAAAUAUAUUCCAAGGUUAGCAGAUGUUGUUCCAAAGGGUUCAGAUUGUGGUGAUUUGGUACCAUCCGAAUGGAAUGUUUUUGACGUUGCUCAAUUUCUCCGUGUCAAUGAUUGUGCAACAUACUGUGACAAUUUUAGCAAACGCAAAAUUGAUGGAAAGACUUUGCUAAAUCUUACAAAGGACCAAAUAAUAAACCUAACAGGUUUCAAAGUUGGACCUUCUUUAAAAAUUUUUGAUCUUAUUCAGCAAUUAAAAAUCAAAGUAAAUCCAGCUCAGGAAAGAUUGAAACUAGGACUGAAAAAAUUAUUAUAACAUACCUAGUAUAUAGCUGAUAUUAUGAUAAGUUCCAACUGAAAUAGAUUAAACAUGGAUUUACAGGUAAGGCAUAUGGAUACGUUUGACUCGUCAUAUGUUAUAUUUGAGUUGCAUUCUGUUUAAUAGUCUCUUUUAUCUUAAUAUAUAUUCUUAAUAAUAAAUAUCCUGGCAAUAAUUUGUCUCAGCAAAUAAUGAAAUAUCUUUUUUUUUUUAUGUAUUCUAUAAAACAGGACAGUUUCUUAUUGGAUAAAAAAUUGUAAAAUAAUUAGAAUAUCUUGUGCAGCAAACCAUUUGAAAUCAAAAUUAUGUACAGAAUAAUACAAAAUACUUCAUAUAACCUUGAUAUGUAGAUAAGAUUUUAUAUAUGCAUUUUGAAUUUGUUUGUAUUUAUAAAUAUGUGAUUUAUUUUACAUAACAGGUUUUCAUUCUAGUGAGUUCUUUUCCCUGUAUUGCCAUAAUUUGUAAAUCCAUGAGUCAGUUAAAUCGAUUGAAUACAAAUGCACCAGCCGUUUAUCGGUAAAGUCACAAAGAAACGUUUUUCAUUGAAAUAGAAUUAGUAACGAAAUGUAAGAAAUAUACAAAUUCUGUAUUACAGAUUACAAGUAGACAAAGUAAGUCAAAUAAGAUAAAAUAAUGUAAUAUGAUAAAGUACAAAAUAGUAUUUGUUUGUCGAUGAUAUAAUUUCAUAAAUAAUUAUGACUAUCAAAGUAUCAUUGAUAUCUGAAUUAUUCAGUAUAGUUUAAUGACCUUCAUUGAUUUGUGCCAGAUUACAAUUUCCAUUGAUGCAUUUGUAUAUAGCUAAUGGAAUGGUAAGUUAUCAACUUUUCUGCUUGUAAAUAUUAUUUUUAGAACAAUACAAUAUUGAUACAUUUGUGACAAAUAAAAAAAGUUAGUUGGUGUUAAUUGCAUAAGACAAUUAUUACCAAUCGGCUGAUGCAUUUGUAUGAUCGUACAUUAAGAUACGCAAUAUUCACGCGCAACUUGUCAAUACAGUGAAUCAAAGAAAAUAGAUAAAAUAUAAGAAUAAUUCAGCUUUGACUCAUAAAAUACUAUUUUAGUACCACAGAGUAACACAGGUUACUCUUAUUAUUUAUUCACUGCUCUUGAAAUCAUUGUAGCAAUUAACUCGAACUUGUACCUUAUAUCCGGCAUUUAAAAAACAUUUUGUUGGUAAAUACAUACACGUAAAUAAUCCAUUGAUUGUACAACCUUCUCACGAACGAGUAAUCGCUAAGUUACAAUUUAAAUGUGAACUUCAAACAUGUGAACUGGAUCUAGCAAAGCAUAUGAAAUUUUGCAUUUGGGUUAAUAAAGAAAUUGUUUGAAUAUAUUAUGAAAUACAGUAUGAUGUUCAGAAUAGAAAAAAAAUUUAUCACAAUGUUCGUACUAAAAUAUAAAAGAUAUAUUAAUUUUCUUUUAUAUUUUGCAGAUUCUUAAAAUUUAAGAAAUGUGUAUUCUAGGACAAAUUAGGAAAUGUUAACAAAAUAUAUAUAUAGGAUUGUUACAAUCCGAUCCUUUUUUUCAGGAUAAGGCAUAAAUGUUUUUUGAUUGAUUAAAUAGCAAGUUCACACAAAAUGAAAUAGGGAAAGCAAAACAUCUAAAAUAUUUAUUCUAUCUUCGUUGUUUAACAAUGCGACUACAAGUACAAAACGCCAUUAUAGCCAUAAAAUUUGGAUUACAACAAUUUAACUGGUUUAAAGCCAAAGUUAGGAUAAAGAAAAUCAGUCGCGAGACUCAGAUAUAGGGUUUUAAAAAUAUGAGAAAAGAUUUUAAAAAUGUUUUUUGACAGCUGCCAAAGUUUUCAAAAAUUUUUAUUCAAGAAUAGUAUGACUCUCACAUAAAAUCUACAAUAACCCAAAUAUUUGAGUAUCAUUUAAUGUAUACAUACUACAACAUCUGCAUAGUAUUACUGCAAUCAUUAAAUAGACGUUAUUAACAGGAUACAAAAGAAACACGAGUAAAAGGAUAUAUGGUGUGGGGAAAUAUAAGUCAUUGAUCAUAAAAGUAAAUUAUACAUAGAUUAUAAAUGCAGCCUGUGAUAUUUGCUGCGGUAAAAAGUAGAAAUUUUGUUGUUUGCUCUUAACAAAGACAUAAUCUAUUUCCAUAUAUGCAAUCUGCAUAUAUUGCCUGGGUCUAUUUUAAAAGUAGUAGACAAAAAAAAUUAAAAUAUGCAUUGUAAAUUAUCUAUUCAUAUUUUGAUGCCUCGUUCUAAAUUUUGCGGUUUGCUUUGCAUAUGUUAAACUUAUAUUAAGUAGCAUACGUGAAAACAAAAAUAGAUUAUUUAAAACAAGCUAGAAGCACAGAAACUGUAUUCAUAAUUGUAACCCAUAGGCAAUUACAUCGGUCACUUAUCGUCUAUUAAGUGUAAUAUAUUUCUUUUUACUUAUGGUUCGAGCUAUGGGGAAUAAAUAUGAAUACAGUUGACAAAUUUGAACGAUAAUCGAUAAAAGUAUUUAUCAGUAUGAUAGAUUUGAAGCGAAUCUUCAUUUACACUAUUUUCUUUUUUUCUAUAAGCUUAUUAAUACAUAUAUUUCUUUUUUAUAAGAGUAAGUAAGAAUUGAUUAAGGAUUAAUGUUUUACACAUAUUGUAAAGAAACAUGCAAAUAAUGAUGGAAGUACAUUGUUUACAUAAAAUAGUGUAAGCGUUGUUCCAUUCGCGUAAAGUACCAUUCCAUAUAAAUCAUAGUAAGGAAUUAUAAACUUUUAAGCGCAUCGUAUUUAUAACAACGAGAAGAGAGAGAGAAAAGAAAUAUUUCAUUUUAUUUCGCAUAAUAAAAGAUAAUAAAAAACGAAUGUUGAGAAACGGUGGUAGCACGAUGCAUUCGAACUACGUACAUUUCCUUCUAUCUUCGUCAUAUUCCAAAUAAAAUGGUUAACAUUAAGUACGUAUAAAGUUUAGGAAGUUUCAAGCAAACAUCGAAUUACCUAAUAGCAGAUUUGAAAUUUGUGCAUGCAUACUGUAUAAAGCCCGCGGAAGAUGUUUUUAUCGCUCGAUCUUUAUGACCGAAGGAAAAGUACGUCGAAUCUCGAAGUUUGUAGAUCGCGAAUGAAAAGUGCGCGAAUCUUAUAUAUUUUUAUUGUAGGACAUCGUGAAACACGCGUGGUAAAGCUUGGCAAAACGCAUGCCCCGCAUAUAUCAGUAUGCGCGCUCGAGUACGCGCGUACUCGCGAGCUCUCAUCGUUGAUGAUUCUCACGUUACGUGGCGCUGCUCUCUUUUCACUCGUGUAAUCGUGACGAGAGAAGAUAACGAAGGAAGCGCCGGUAGGGAGUGGAGAAGGGAGAGGAGUAGCACCUAACGAGCAGCAGCACUAUUCUAGGCUUUCUCGACUAUAGAUCUCUAUAUGUAUGCGCGCGGGCGUAUACGCGACGGCGCGGCACAAGGAUUGCCGCGAGGUGGGGGUACUGGCGUAUUCUAUGGGCGGAGCCUCCGCCAGCUGGCAGAUGUUUCCCGCGCGGCCGUAUCAUUCCUUUAGCGUAAAGCUGCGCGACGUGAAAAUAGUUCCUGUCGGACGAUCGAAGUAUCCGAGUAAGGACGGUGAUAGGAAAGGAAAGAAAACUUGAACACGGGGUGCGCGGCGCCAAGCUUUAGUCGCGCGCGUCAGAGAGAGAGAGAGAGAGAGAAGGAAAGAAAAUAAGAAGAGGAGGGACGAGCCAGCUUCGGAUUGGUCCGAAGUAAGGGUCCUCGAUAUCAGGGUAGCGCGAAGCGCGCGAAUCGCCCCGAGCGCGGGCCAUCGAACUUCUUGAGAGAGAAGGGAGUCUAUACGUGUGUGUAUGCGUGUAUGAGAGAGAGAGAGAGAGAGAGAGAGAGAGACUAGAUUUUCGAAGGGUGACGUAAUCGUCCCGAGUCUCACGCACGCUCGUCAAUGCGUCGCUUCGUCGCUUUGAGUUGGUGCGGCUUUCGUACGGGAAGGUGUGCCGUUUUCGAUACACGAUUUCGUGUCCUUGACAUAUCGCGAGGCCAAGUGUAAAAGAGUUUUCUUCGUGUGGUCGCAGCAUGUUUCUGGCGGUGUGCUUUGGUAAAACGGUACUACGCGGUGCGACAUGUCGGAAUGAGAGAGCAAAGCGUUACGUACAUUCAACGAUGCGAUCACGGUAAGCACACUGUGUGUCGAUAACUACGAUAGCGUGCGUGCUACUACCGGUGUGUUACUUUUCCGAUAUAUUCGUGGGUGUUGGAAAGAAUUUCAAAGUAUUUUACGUUUUCAACGAUCGUCGAUUCGAACGAUCGUUCAUCGUGAAUUAAAUUCGAUAAAAGACGAACCGAAGACGAAUAGAAAAGAGGUGUGGCAAGAAGAAAGAAAGAAAGAAGAAAAGGAAGAAAAAAAGAAAGAAAGAAAGAAAAAAAGGAAGAGAGAAAGAAAAGUCGAGACAGUGCGGUAGGAUAGAACAGGAGUGGAAAAAAAGUGAAACAGUUUGAAGGAGGGAGAAAGUACGAUAGUCGAGAAAGCCGGCGAGAAGACAUCCGAGAUAGAGGGCGCUCGACGGGCCCGGCGUCUACGGACGGCCCUGAAACCGGCGGCGGCGGAGUGAUUCGCGACGCGUCGUGGGGGCCCUCAGCUGUUUCCCGCCAAAGAUCGCCAUUACAAAACGCGUUCGGCCGUUGUGUGUGAGAGGAUCGCGCGCGCCGUAGUGACUGUUCAAUGGUGGAAUAUCUCGGUGCAUUGCCACUAUAGUCGUGACGAGUCCGCUCGUUUUAUCGUCGACGUCUGGACAUCGUCUUCGUCGUGUCGGUUGGGGUUCGUUUCUAACGAGCGAGGUCUUGUAAAAGAAGGUGAGAGAAAGAAAGAGAGAAAGGGGGUAAAGAAAGAGACAGACAGAGAGAGUGAGAGAGAGAGGAGAGGGAGGGAGGGAUAGGGACAGAGAGAGUUCUCGUCUGUCGCGUAUCACGCGUAGACAUAAGCGCGUAACAAUUCGCCGUCGUGUCAAGGAGAGCGUGCGCGCGCGCGCGCGUUCUCUCUUUCCGGGCCGUAGUGGAGUGUGUCGUCGUGCGAGAGGAGGAGGAAGAAGAAGAAGAGGAGGCGGCGGCGGCAGCGGCAGCGGCGGAGGAGGAGGCGGAAGCGACGUUUUCUCGCGUCUACCGCGACAACGGCGGCUGCUGCUGGGAGCUGGUGGAGUCGCGGGCCGGGAUUCUCGGUGCGCUGCAAGAUAUGUCAGUGUUCACUGCCGACGAUCGGAUUUUGCUCGAGGAAAUCGUUGAGGCGAGCACCGAGGAACACGAGGCUGAACUCUGUGGAGAAAUUAUUUAUCGCAUCUCUGGAAGAGGAUUCGCGAAAGAUACGAGUGCAUAAUCUCGAACGGACCGGCGAUGAGUUCCGGCGGGCCUCUGCCAGCAGACAACAAUGGUUUCUCUGUUGACCUCUCACGCUCCAUAUACUGUCGUGCAACUCGAAGCCGCGUUACACGUGCGUCGUGGCUCGUAAGGAAAAGGAAGAGGAGAAGGAUGAUGAAGAGGGUGCGGCAGGAUUAACGCCUUCUAUCUCGCGUAGAGACUUCCUUUCUCUCUUUCUUUUUGCUACGUAAUGUUACGCGUGGGUGAAGUUAACGCCCUCCCCCGUCACUACUAUUUUAUUAUAAAACAAAUAACGCGCGAGUGUGACCCGUAAAGUGUAUUAAUUUUCUGCAAUAAAUUGCAAUGGAAUUUGAUUUGAGAAAAAAAAAUUAUAUUAUGCGAACGUAAGGGAUAAAAUUAUUUUAUAAAUAAAAGAAACGCAAGAAGGAGAGAAAGAAAGAAAGAAACGAUGAAAGAAAGAAUAAGGAAAAAAAAAAGUAAGAAAAAAGUAAAAAAAAGAAAGAAAGACGUAGCGUAGACGACUCGACGUGGCGCCCAUCGGAUUGUGACUUACGUCACACUGCUAAAUAUAUGCCCGGUCGUUCUCAAUCUCAUCCCCAUUCUUGAACCGCGUUCCAUCCCGUAUAAGAUAGCAUGAUCCCAUGACUGAACAAUCUAUGCGUCUUUUUAGCCUACGUAUUUUUUUUCUGUUCUUUUCUUUACCGUUCUGUUCCUUUUCUUUCUUUUCUUUUCUUUUCCUUUCUUUUCUUUUCUUUUCGUAGUUCGUUCUUA